AUGGAAAUAUCGCCCGGCGUAAUUAAAGGCGUCUUUUAUGCAAGCGCGAUCUUUAUUGCUGCAUCAAUGAUCACCAAGACAUGGGGAUCUGCUCCAGCUCAAUGCAAGAACAUGCGAAGAAUUCAAAUUGUCUAUUACACUGUUUACUUUGCUUUAAUAUUCCCAGAUCUUACGUUUUCCGUCUAUCUGACACCAUUUGUAAAACUGAAAGGCUAUGGACAGAAGACGAUUUCAACCAUUUACAUAUGCUAUCAAGUAUCUUCAAUCGUAGGGUCAUUACUGUGCACAUCUACGCUUAGAAUGCUUGGAACACGUUUCACUUUCGCAUUUUGCUGUGUUUGCAAGUUCAUUUCAGCUAUACUCUUAGUGGCUUUCGCUGAUCCUAUUCAUGCAUAUAUCAGUCGCUUAGUUUGGGGAUUCUCAUACAUGUUAACCAAAAUUACAUUGGAUAACUGGCUUGUUGAUCUUGCACAGACGUAUGAAAUCUCUCAAGCUGAUAGAGGCAUCCUUCUUAACUACAGAAUGACAUUCCAGUUUACGAUUGAUAUCAUAACCACCUCUUACAUCAGCAAGUUUGUCAUUGCCCAUGGCAUUUAUUUAACAUAUACCAUUUUGAAUGUCUACUAUGCGGCCAUUAUUGUUCCACUUCUGUUUAUUAUGUCAUUCUUGACAUCUCCAAAGAAGGAAGAAAAGAAAGAAGAAAAGGUUAAAGAAGAAAAAUUAGAAGUUCCAAUAGAAGCCAUGACAACCGUCCUUUAUGAUACCGUUUAUGUAUUUUCCAUGGGAUUCUUCAAGUCAAUGCUUGCAACAAACUACAUUAGACAAGAUCUUCCGUUUUCUGUAAUUAUGUCAACAUUUAAUGCCAUGGGAACACUCGGAACUAUCCUUUCCACAUUCUUAGAAAUGUGGUUUUCCGAUUAUACUCUUCAUAAAGUGUUCAUUGCAUCGUAUGCCAUUGUAUUCUUCUUCGGAUGGGUCUUCUAUGAUAACGAUGCCCUUCAGUUCCUUACAACAGUCUUAUUGGGACUCCUCGAUGGUCUCAUUACGCCUGUUAUGGUCACAUUAAGAAAAGAAAACAUCCCUGUUAAUAUUCGUGUCAGAGCUCUUUCAUCCGUAAGAACAUUUACAUCUCUCACAGGAUUCUUCGUUACAUUCGUAAUGAGAUAUACAAACAGACAGAUUUAUUUCUUGUUAAUUACACUUCUUUACAUCGUUUGCGUCACUCUCCCUUACUACCAGAGGUUCGUGUACAGAAGAUUCUUGAAUAUUGUUCACAUAAUUCAGAAGAUUAUGUCACUUCAAUUUUUAGGAUUGAAUAAGUCCCAGAUAAAGGAAAAAGAAGAGUAA